AGUUCUCAUUGGUGUUCCAGAUUGAUUGACAGGCGUGUUGUGGUCUUUGAUAGGUUCUGUGAUGGUGCCAGUCAAGAAGCCCCCUCCCGGCACCCUGUCAGUCAACACUGUGGGCACGCCCACCACCAGCGGCGCGGCCACACCAGGAAGUACACCAAACAUCUUCGCUGCUGCCACGGCAACGCCCAAGAGCAUGAUCAACACCACAGGUGCCACUGACUCUGCCUCUUCUUCCUCUUCUUCUUCCUCAUCCUUCGUCAACGGUGCGACCAGUAAGAACCUACCAGCCGUACAGACAGUGGCUCCCAUGACCGAAGAUACCGUCGAGAGCAUGAGUGUCUAUUGUGAGGUGGAGCAGUGUGAGCUGCGCAGUGGUUUGACUCCUCCUGAGCUCAAGCCCUUUAGCUCUCUGGCAGGCUUCCAGACAGCCCCCCGCGAUGCAGGACAGUGUCUUAGUAUCACCACUAAGUUGGAGCGUGCCCUGGAGAAGGUGGCCCCCCUCCUGAGGGAGAUCUUUGUGGACUUUGCUCCGUUCCUCUCUAGGACCCUGUUGGGUAGCCACGGCCAGGAGCUGCUCAUUGAAGGUCUGGUCUGUAUGAAGUCCAGUACUUCAGUAGUAGAGCUGGUCAUGCUGCUCUGUUCUCAGGAGUGGCAGAACUCUAUCCAGAAGAACGCUGGGCUGGCCUUCAUAGAGCUCAUCAAUGAGGGAAGAUUGCUGUGCCAUGCUAUGAAGGACCACAUUGUGCGUGUGGCCAACGAAGCAGAGUUUAUCCUCAACAGACAGAGAGCUGAAGACGUACACAAACACGCUGAGUUUGAGUCUAACUGUGCCCAGUACGCUGCUGACAGGAGGGAGGAGGAGAGGAUGUGUGAUCACCUGAUCAGCGCUGCCAAGCACAGGGACCAUGUGACCGCCAACCAAUUGAAACAGAAGAUACUCAACAUCCUGACCAAUAAGCACGGGGCGUGGGGUACGAUGUCACAGAGCCAAUUACAUGACUUCUGGCGUCUGGAUUACUGGGAGGAUGACCUGAGGAGGAGGCGGAGAUUCGUACGGAACCCCUUUGGCUCUACCCACCCUGACGUGUCACUCAAAGCCCUGGAGGACUAUGGUACUGAGGAGGAGGAAGAGGAGGGGCUAAAGUCUAAGAAGACGUUCCGCAGCCAGUCAGUGGUCAGUCAGAACCCGGAGGCGGAGCUUAUGCUGGAAGGAGAUGAUGACGCUGUCAGUCUGCUGCAGGAGAAAGAGAUGGACAACCUGGCAGGCCCUGUGGUGCUCAGUACUCCAGCCCAGCUGGUUUCUCCAGUAGUGGUGGUCCACGGGACUCUCUCCAUCACCACCACAGAGAUCUACUUUGAGGUGGACGAGGACGACCCGGCCUUCAAGAAGAUCCACACCAAGGUCCUGGCCUACUCCGAGGGUCUACAUGGCAAGUGGAUGUUCAGUGAGAUCAGAGCUGUCUUCUCCAGAAGAUACCUGCUCCAGAACACUGGUCUAGAGGUCUUCAUGGCCAACCGCACGUCUGUGAUGUUCAACUUCCCUGACCAGGCUACAGUGAAGAGGGUAGUCUACAGCCUACCCAGGGUGGGAGUAGGAACCAGCUACGGUCUGCCUCAGGCCAGGCGUAUCUCCUUGGCGACGCCUCGUCAGCUGUUUAAGUCGUCCAACAUGACCCAACGCUGGCAGAGGAGGGAGAUCUCCAACUUCGAGUAUCUCAUGUUCCUCAACACCAUCGCAGGGAGGACCUACAAUGAUCUGAACCAGUACCCAGUGUUUCCUUGGGUUCUCACUAACUAUGAGUCAGAGGAGCUGGACCUCACUCUGCCCGGCAACUUCAGAGACCUAUCCAAGCCAAUCGGAGCGUUGAACCCGAAACGAGCUGUGUUUUAUGCAGAACGCUAUGAUACCUGGGAGGAGGACGGAACGCCUCCGCAUCACUACGGCUCCCUCUACUCUACCGCUAACACCACACUGCUCUGGAUGCUGCGGAUAGAGCCCUUCACCACGUUCUUCCUGAAUGCCAAUGAGAACCAGUUUGACCACCCUGACAGAGCCUUCUCUGGCAUCGCACGGGCAUGGAGGGACUGCCAACGAGACACCGCUGACGUCAAGGAGUUGAUCCCAGAGUUCUACUACCUUCCAGAGAUGUUUGUUAACAGUAGUGGUUUUGAGUUGGGACAGAGAGAGGACGGGACUCCUGUGUCUGAUAUAGAACUGCCAGCCUGGGCCAAGAAACCUGAGGACUUCGUACGCAUCAACCGCAUGGCGUUGGAGAGUGAGUUUGUGUCGUGCCAGCUGCACCAGUGGAUAGAUCUGAUAUUUGGUUAUAAGCAGCGAGGGCCCGAGGCUGUACGAGCUCUCAAUGUCUUCCAUUUCCUGUCCUACGAGGGCUCCGUCACUUUGGAUACCAUCGCUGACCCCGCACAGCGGGAGGUCUGCGGGGCGCUCCAGGUUACUCCCUAGAACAGGCUCAUCACCUGCCCAUAGAGAUGGACCCUCUCAUUGCCAACAACUCAGGUGUGAGUAAGCGUCAGAUCACAGACCUGGUGGACCAAAGCAUCCAGAUCAACACACACUGCUUCGUGGUUACCGCCGACAACCGCUACAUCCUUGUCUGUGGCUUCUGGGACAAGAGCUUCAGAGUCUACUCUACCGAGACAGGUAAGCUGACCCAGAUAGUGUUUGGCCACUGGGACGUGGUGACGUGCCUGGCCCGGUCAGAGAGCUACAUCGGGGGGGACUGUUACAUCGUGUCGGGGUCCAGAGACGCUACCCUGCUGCUGUGGUACUGGAGCGGACGCCAUCACAUCAUUGGAGACAACCCCAACAACAGUGACUACCCUGCUCCUAGAGCUGUGCUGACGGGUCACGACCAUGAGGUGGUGUGUGUGUCCGUCUGCGCUGAGCUGGGACUGGUCAUCAGUGGGGCCAAAGAGGGUCCAUGUCUGGUCCAUACUAUAACAGGGGAUCUGCUGCGGGCCCUGGAGGGCCCAGAGUUGUGCCUGAGGCCCCGCCUCAUCUCUGUGUCCAGCGAGGGCCACUGUAUCAUCUGUUAUGAAAGAGGACGUUUCUGUAACUUCAGCAUUAAUGGGAAACUACUGGCUCAGAUGGAGGUCAACGACUCUACACGGGCGAUCCUGUUGAGUAGUGACGGUCAGAACCUGGUGACAGGAGGAGACAACGGGGUGGUGGAGGUGUGGCAGGCCUGCGACUUCAAACAGCUCUACAUCUACCCAGGCUGUGACGCUGGCAUCCGCGCCAUGGACCUCUCUCACGACCAGAGGACUCUGAUCACUGGCAUGGCGUCUGGCAGCAUCGUAGCUUUCAACAUCGACUUCAACCGCUGGCACUACGAACACCAGAACAGGUACUGAGGAGAGGAGGAGGAAGAGGAGGAUGAAGACGAGGAGGAGGAGAGGAGGAUGAAGAGGAUGAAGAGGAGAGGAGGAUGAAGAGGAGGAGAGGAGGAUGGAGAUGAGGAGCGGAGGAUGAAGAGGAGAAGGAGACGAGGAUGAAGAGGAGGAGAGGAGGAUGAAGAGGAGGAGAGGAGGAUGAAGAGGAGGAGGAGAAGGAGACGAGGAUGAAGAGGAGGAUGAAGGAGACGAGGAUGAAGAGGAAGAGAGGAGGAGGAAGAGGAGGAGAGGGGUAUGAAGAGGAGGAUGAUGAGGAGAAUGAAGAUGAUGAUGAAGAGGGGGAGGAGAGGAUGAAAAAGAGAGAGGGAAGGAGGAGGACUUAAAUAGAAGAAAUUGGAAGAGAGGAGGCGAGUUUAAAGGUCACGCUGUACGACCAUGAAGCAAGAGGAUAAAAAGGAACGGAAAACCCUUCGAACUUCCUGUGAUGAUGUCACUUGAAAAGGAAGAGAGCCCAGCUACUGUAAGACAUCUUCCAUUUGUGUGUACGUGCACGCUCACGUGCGCUGCCAUUUACAACCCUUUUACUGCAGCCACACGACACCCCGAAGGAUCCCUAAUAACAAUACACUAUGAUCAAAUAAGAAGAAGAUCCAAUCUACUACUAGACGUUGACUGGGUCGGAACCUGUAGGACUUAUAACAUGUGAGAACAGUCACUGGUCAAAACGCUUAUCGCUUCACAGGACUAAAUAACAAUUAGUACUAUUUGUUUAGUUGCUUUAGUUAUUAAGUUAGGUUUAUUUGGUUUAAGUUUAUUUAGUUAGGUUUAUUUAGUUAGGUUUAUUUAGGUCUAUUUAGUCAGGUUUAUUUAGGUCUAUUUAGUCAGGUUUAUUUAGUCAGGUUUAUUUAGUCAGGUUUAUUUAGGUCUAUUUAGUCAGGUUUAUUUAUUUAGUCAGGUUUUAAAUGAUAGGAGAUGUGGUCCAGACUACCAGAGAAAGAUGAAACUGGUAUAAACUGGAUUGAACUGGUCUAGACUAGAUUGAACUGGUCUAGACUAGAUUGAACUGGUCUAGACUAGAUUGAACUGGUCUAGACUGGAUUGAACUGGUCUAGACUGGAUUGAACUGGUCUAGACUGGAUUGAACUGGUCUAGACUAGAUUGAACUGGUCUAGACUGUAUUAAACUGGUCUAGACUGGAUUGAACUGGUUUAAACUGGUCUGAAGCAGUACUUCCCAUUGAAAAAAGCAUUGUUGGUUUAAACCCAAAUCUGUAUUUUUUCUGUAAGUUAAUAUUUAAAAAAUGUUUAUAUUAUUUUGUUUUGUUUUCAUUUAAUUUCUUUACAUUUAUUUUAUUUGUUUAAUUUACUAGUUUUUGUAGAAUUUGUUUUCAAAUCCCAGAAGGGUGAAAAUGAUUUUUUUGUAAAUACUUGUUCUGUUUCCUACUCUCUGUCUCUGAUUGACAGACAGGGAGAGAUCACAGUCCUUCAGUCACCACUCAGACCACGCCUAAUCACCUUUCAUUUAUCAAUGACUUUCUGUAUGUACAAUAAUGUGUAAUAAUGACGACGAUGAUGAUGAUGGUAAUGUUGUUGAUGACUGUGAAGAUGAUGGUAGAGGCGAUGAUGAUGGUAAUGUUGUUGAUGACUGUAAAGAUGAUGGUAGAGGCGAUGAUGAUGGUAAUGUUGUUGAUGACUGUGAAGAUGAUGGUAGAGGCGAUGAUGAGGAUGAAGAUGUGUUUUGCCAGAUAUCCACAAGAUGUCCUUUGUAUAUUUGGUGAUUGUUUUUGUCAACUGUGUACAUAUAAUAUUGCUUUCAGGCUACGACGGACAGACGUACGGACCGGACAGACGUACGGACCGGACAGGGAGUUUAAAUCAACUGAAUGAGAUUGAAAACGUCAAAAGGAAACCUUCGCUCACAUUUGUCAAUUAUUUAAAGAAAAAAAUAAACAAAAAAAAUGGAUUCAGUGUCAAACAUUUUCGUUUUUGUAUUCCCACCAAUCACAUAUCAUUAUUUAUUAGCGUGAUGAUUAUUUCCUGUCACAUGACCGUUUUGUUUUUUUCGGACAAUUUUUUUUUUUUAUCCUGUGGGAUUGUUUGUGCAUCGAUGUUUGUAUUUAAAGACGAUGAAAUCACGUGUGAUUAAUUAAUUAAGUUGUACAAUCUCACAGCUGUAAGCAAUAUCUUGAAUCUGUAGCCCAGAGAGAGAGAGGGAGAGAGAGGGGGGAGGGAGAGAGAGAGGGAGAGAGAGGGGGAGGGAGAGAGAGAGGUGAGAGAAGGGAGGAGAGAGAGAGGUGGGGGAGGGAAGAAGGGAAUAGAAGGAAAGUCAAGCGUGAGAUGUACUGUUAGUGUGUGUGUUAAGCCGUCUCGAUCUCUCUCUCUCACACACACACACAUAUUCACACACAUACUACAACAACAGGUUCAACUUACGUAUCCCCCCCCCCCCCCCCCUAAAAAAAAAGGGUCAAAUAUUUUUGGAUCUAUGAAAUCCUAAGCAAAACUAUUGUAUUCAUGUUUUAUUGCAAAGAUGUAAAAUAUGACCGUGUGAAAGUUGAAAGUUGAAAAAAAAGAAUCAAGAAAUAACAAAUAAAACGUGCAAAGAA